AUGCGCUGGUCAAAACCAACGAAUCCACAGAAAAUCUCAGUUUGUAGACAGGACGAAAGUACAUGCUAGAGAAGUAUUAUUAUUAUGUUAAUACAACGUUAGCAUUGUGGUAGGCACUGGUAGUCAAGUGAGUCAAAAGUAUGCACCAAGACUAUGCAAUUUUGGCGACAACCAAUGCUUAUCUCCAUCUAAUUCAUUGAUUCCCAAAGUGGUCUAUAUCGACCCCUAGGGGUCUAUGACAAACUGCAAGGUGUCUACGUCAGCGAAAAAAAAAUUGGGGGUCCAUGAAAUGAAUAUGGGGGUCCACGAUAGUGGAUCUCAACACAUACAUUGAUAGUACCUAUUUACUUACAUCAUACUAUCUUAUAAUAUCAAAACAUAUACAUUAUUUAUAAAAGUACCUAUGAAGUAAAAAAAAUAUUAUAUAUGUUUAUAAAAUUGUGUAAGUUGUAGGAUGUUGGUAUUCGCUUUGUGGUCGCAAUACAUUUUGAACUUGUAAAAACCUGAGAGUCGUAGUCUCAGAGCUUCGCUACCUUGCACUGACUUGUUCAAUUCGUCGCUCUAUAAAUACGAAUGUGGGACAAAUACGUUUAUUCGUUUCCUGAAUCUUGAAAAGGAAAGUGCUAAGAAAAUAUUUUAAAAAAUAUAAACAGAUAGUAUAUAACACAAAUUAUAGUGAGUCAGUGUUAUUUUGUUUGAGAGUGCUGGAGAAAAGUAAGUACAUUAUAUUUUAUUAAAUUUUAGUUUUGUACUCGUAGUUAGCAAAGAUAGAUAAAUUACGCCAAUCAUGACUUGAGUUAUUAGUAGUAAUAUUCAAUCAUGCAAAAUUACACGAGUACUCCUCAAUAGUUUCUUUUUGAAAGUUUUAGCAACCGGUAAUAUAAUUACAGUGCAAUCUCCGUAAUUCGAGCUAAUUGUUGCAAGAAGAUGUUCGAAUUAUGGAACGUUUUCGGAAAAAUCAAAAACUAUUUUUAAUAUACAGCUGCUGGAUUUCCUGUCUUAUUUAAAUAAUUUAAUUUUGCCCACAGAUGAUUGAUGCCAUGUCCGAAUCUAAAAAGUAAUGUAGACAGUACAGUGUGGUAGAUGGUCUCUGACUGUCGAACGUGGAGGUACCACCCGGCGGAUCUCGUAGGCGGAGCCAGAAUGUGUGCAUGUUGCAUGCACACGUGUUCCCCCGCCAGAGUCCGUGUG